AUGUUGCGGUCCUUCCAACUUAUUGCUCAUCCUUUUGCACGCCCCUACACCAUCGGCUUCAACUAUUGUCGAAACGGGGACAAGGAACCACUCGUUUCGCUAGAGUACCAUAAGAGCGCCAUAGCCGAGCAUGAGUCCUUAUCAUCCAAACGCCUUGAAGCCCAAGACCAGAUUUAUAUGAGUUCGCAUAAGAGCACGAUGGAUUCCAUUAGGAGUUCCCAUGACAAGAAAAUGAAAGACAUGCAGGAUUCAUUUGAAAAGGCACUGCAGGCUGAUAAGGAUCACUAUAGGAAGUUUCUGGAACCAGAUAGGAAGGUUUUGCAGGAGCGGGAGAAUGAAUAUAACGAUAUGAACUGGAGGUGCGAAGACCUCAAAGUCUGUUCUUCUCUACCCUUGACUUGCAUGCUACCCCUAAUAUUACUACAGAAGAAAACUCUGGAAAUACUUUCUGAGAAGAUGUGGUUGGAGCGAAACUUCAAUAUCCGUGGGGCUCUUGGUAUGGUAUUACAAUAUCAACCUAGCCCUUAUAUGCAGGACUAAUAUUCAACUACAGAACGCAUCGUUUAUCAGUACAAACACCCGAAAGAUAUUUGGUCUUCCAAGGGAAUACAACAGGUGCUUAACGAGAUAGCCAAAACCAAGGCGUUUGAUGCGGUGUUGCAGAAGGAAGUGCAAACCCACAGGUUGGUACGCGAAAGAGUUAUGGAUUGCGUCCACAACAUCUACCAUGAGGUGUCGAAGCAUGCGCAUGGAAAUGAUGGGAUGAUUCUGGUCCGUGCCAUUGACUUUACGCGUAAUGAACGGGCUGCGCUGGUCGCUUUUCUACGGCUGCAGAGCACAUGGAAAAAUCCCUUGAGCUGGCAGGAAAUUGAAUUAUCCGAUGAGGGCAAAGAGAGAGUCUAGAGGGGGGUGUUUCGUUUUUGUACCACUUUCUUUUUUCACAGAACUUCGCAAAGGCUUCAAUAUUACACACAUCACUACAAAUAUCCACUCCAAUAUCCACUUUGCCCAAGGACAAGCAUCCUGUUUGA